ACAUGCCCAACUGGCCACUUCCCAAGUGAUGGAUCAUAUUUUCCAACCACAUGGUUUUGCCUCCUACAUCUAGUUGAUUCAUUCAAAGCACUGCUUUUGGAACUUUUGUGCAUCUAUAUAUAUGUUUUCAUCCAUAUUCAAUUUUCAUCAGCCCAGCACAAGAAAAGCUUUUUCAGUUUCCUAAGAUCUUUUAGAUUCUCUUCCUUCUCUUGUCCUACUAAACAUUCUCCCUUGUUUAAGAAAGCAAACAAAAUGAUCUGUGCAAGGAAGCUUAUUAAACUGGCAAGGAAAUGGCAAAAAUUGGCAGCAAUUAAGAGAAAAAGGAUCACAUUCUCGAACACAUCAUCAAUGGUGGAGGAGGGUCACUUUGUGGUGUAUAGCGCUGAUGAGAAGCGCUUUAUGCUUCCUUUGGAAUAUCUGAAGAACGAAAUAGUGAUGGAGUUGUUCAACUUGGCAGAAGAAGAGUUCGGAAUUCCAAGCAACGGACACCUUAAAUUGCCCUUUGAUUCAACCUUCAUGGAGUAUGCAAUUGAAUUGAUCAAAAGGAAAGCAAGUAAAGAAGUGGAGAAAGCAUUGAUUAUGUCUAUAGUUACUGGCCAUUGCUCAUCAUCAUUGAAUCUCAAUCAGCAAGAAACAAACCAACAGUUACCAAUUUGGAGUUUCUAAAGCCAAUUUUGUUUUCAGUUUUGUAUACUAUAGCAGUUAACACCAUUGUACAUUAGCAAAUAUACAUAAUGAGAAAACUUACGGUUUUCGUUUCA